AUGGACGUCGUAAAGGCAGUGGAGACCUAUGUUACGAAACUGAUAUCCGUGCCACCAACAAUGAAGGUCCUAUUGCUUGAUGGACACACAACUCCGAUUGUAUCCCUUGCUUCCACUCAGUCCACUCUCCUCUCACACCAAGUAUAUCUCACCGACAAGAUUGACAACAAGAAUCGUGACAGUAUGCCACAUAUGAAGUGCGUAUGCUUUCUGCAAGCCAGCGAAGAGAGCCUGGAGGCAUUGGAGGCGGAGCUGCGCGAGCCAAAGUAUGGGGAAUACUACCUCUAUUUUAGCAACGUCCUGACCAAGACUUCCAUCGAGCGCCUUGCAGAAGCAGAUGAGUAUGAGGUUGUCAAGGAAGUGCAGGAAUACUUUGCAGACUACGCCCCGAUUCUCCCCUCUCUCUUCUCUCUCAACCACACUCCAAGCACAACUCAUCCUCUAUAUGGCAACUCGCCGAAUGCCUGGAACCCGAAGGCCCUCGAUCGCGCAGUGCAGGGCCUCACCGCCGUACUACUGAGCUUGAAGAAGAAGCCAGUGAUCAGAUACGAGAAGUCCAGCCCGAUGGCGAAGAAGUUGGGGGUGGAGAUCCAGCACCGGAUACAAACCGAGUCCACCUUGUUCGACUUCCGGCUCACGCAAGUUCCACCACUGCUGCUCAUCCUUGACCGACGGAACGACCCUGUCACACCGCUGCUCUCGCCAUGGACAUACCAAGCCAUGGUUCAUGAGAUGCUCGGAAUCCAGAAUGGGCGGGUGGAUCUCAGCCUCGUUCCCGACAUCAGACCCGAACUGAAGGAAGUAACCCUCACGACCGCCACCGACCCCUUCUUCCAGGCACACCACCUCGCGACGUUCGGCGACCUCGGCACGUCGCUUAAGGCAUACGUGCAGUCGUACCAGUCUCACUCGCUCGCACAUGACCCCAAGGCGAUCAACUCAAUUAGUGACAUGAAACGAUUCGUGGAAGAGUAUCCCGAGUUCCGCAAACUCAGCGGGAACGUGAGCAAGCACGUUGCGAUCGUAGGCGAGCUGAGCAGGGUCGUCGAGCGGGACCGGCUGCUCGACGUAGGCGAGGUAGAACAGGGACUGGCGACGGGAUCGGGCGCGGAUCUGAAGAGCGUACAAGCACUCAUCGCAAACCCACUCAUUCAACCAUGGAACAAGCUCCGUCUCGUCAUCCUCUACGCGCUACGAUACCAGAAAUCGCAACCACACAACGUGGCCUCGCUUAUCAAUCUCAUGUUGGAGAACGGAGUGCAGCGCGAAGAUGCUCGACUUGUAUACGUCAUCCUCAAUAUUGCCGGCUCGGACCAGCGCCAAGACGACCUUUUCUCGGCCGAGUCGCUCUUUGCAAAGGGUCGGUCAGCUUUGAAGGGCUUGAAGGGCGUGGAGAACGUCUACAUGCAGCAUCAGCCGCAUCUCGCCGAGACACUGGAAGACCUGUUCAAGGGCCGCCUGCGCGAUACCAGCUACCCAUUCCUCGAUGGAGGGGGGCCGAACGCAAGUUUGCAACGACCGCAAGACGUUAUCAUCUUCAUGAUUGGCGGCACGACGUACACCGAGGCGCGGGCCGUCGCAUUGCUGAACCAGGAGUCCGCCCAGAGCGGUUCGUCCACGGCUGGCGUACGCCUACUUCUCGGCGGGACAUGUAUCCAUAAUUCGUCAAGCUUCGUCGAGAUGAUUCGUUCUGCCGCGACGAACUUCCCCGCAUCCGUGUACGAACCCCCGCCAGGGACUUCAAGUACCAACAUGCCAUCGCUGAACUUGAAUCUAGGCGGAGUGAAUGUGAGUCUUGGUGGCCCUGCAGGCACCGGAGUGUACAGGACGAGCAACGAGGGCGUGAGCGUGCAGGCAGACGGGCUCAAAGAUGGGGUGAAGAGCCUUCUUGGAAAAGUCAAACAAGGAGUCGAUCGCAUAGCGUCCCAGUAG